CAAAGGCCCCUGGUGGGAGUGAGAAUAUCUCUCUUCUAUAAGGUUUUUGGGUGAGCGAGAGUUGUGAAUUUAAUCAACGGAAUACGGACUGUCAGAGGAGACUGUCAGAAAGAAUAUCACCGCAAGCGAAGAACAGUAACGUCGCUUCACUUCGCUGUCACACUCUGUCCGCCGUUACUGUUCUUCUGCCACCCGUGUUUACAAACCCUGCCAUAUUGACAAGAGACAAGACGUAGGAAGCAAAAAUGGGAGCCCUCAGGGCCUUUGUGGUGGUCCUCUCCUUGGCAGUGACGUCAGGAGCUCAGCGUCCCCUGCAGUACCUUGAGGAUGUGCCACCAGCAACUCCUCCAAGUCUCCUUACUACCGUGCCUAUGUCUGAUGCCAAUGUACCAAAGAGUGAGAAAACUGAGGAGCAUCUACUUGCAGAUAAGAAUAAGAAUGUCACUGAAAUAAAGGACCAGGACCAAGAUCUGCAAGAUAUCCAAGAGAAAAUUAUGUCAACAAUGCCUUCCUCAGACCAAACUGAGGUAACCACAGAAGAAAUGUUGGCUAAGGUCUCGACUGUCACUCCUACACCCGAGCCUCUUCCCACACCACUGCCUGUGCUUAUUGACAUAGGUCAGUGUCAGCUUGUUGAUUUUUAAAUUUUUUGUUGCUAU